AUGGGGAGUGAAAGUAAUAAUGCUCGCAGUGGAAAGACGGCGGCGGUGGAUGUUGUUGCGACGGUGAAGGAGAUCGUUAACUGUACGGAACAGGAGAUCUAUGACGUUCUUAAGGACUGUGAUAUGGACCCUAACCUCGCCGUCGAGAAGCUUCUCGCUCAAGAUACGUUUCGUGAGGUUAGAAGCAAACGUGAAAAAAGAAAAGAGAUGAAGGAGGCUGUGGAUUCGAGGACGAAGGGUAAUAGUACGGCGUUGAGUAAGGGAAGCAAAAUUGGCGUUGGCAUUGGCAAUGGAAAUGAUCCCGGUGUUGUGCAAAAUGGAUUUCAUCAUGUGGCUUAUAAUGAAAACGGUAAAGCGGUUGACAAGCAAGAUGUUGGGUCAGUUUGUGCUUCGGUUACUUCUUCCACAACUCAUGUUGCGGGGAAAAGUACAAAAGCUGAUUCUUUAUAUACUGAUAAUGGAAGACAGUCAUUAGGAACAGGCGUCUCCAUGUCAGAUACUGCCCAAGUGUCUCCAGCACCUCUACCCUGGUCGGUAGGAGCGAGCAAAGGACAUCUUUCAAUGGCAGACAUUGUAAGAAUGGGCACAACGUCUCAAGAUGCUGUUUCACAUGACAAUUGUAAUUCCAUAGGAGUUUCAUUAUUAUCUGGAAAUUCAGAGUCCAACUUGAGUGUUCCCUGUCGAAAUAAUUCUGAGCAACAAGGUUUUCAUGAUGAGUGGCCUGUAAUUGAACAGCCAAUAACUGGAAACACGCAAGCACUAAACAUGUCUUCGUCAUCAAAUGCUAAUGGUCCAUUAGAGCAUUCUAACUGGCAUGAUACUGAAGUUGAAUCUGCUUCCAUAUCGAACAACACUGGACUAGGACCACAUUCCAACUCUAAUUUAAAGAAUACUCUUACCUCCGAUUUUCGUAGUUCUUAUGAGCAUCACGAAGGUGUGUCAUCUGUUACUUCGGAUCUUCAGCGGCUAAGUAUGAAAGAGUCCAACCUAGAAGUGCCAUCAUCUGACGAUAUAGUGGUUCUUCCAAAUCACUUACAAGCCUUGGCUGCUGAGUGUUCGCAUCUGAGUUUUGGCACAUACAAGGGUGGCAAUAAUUCUGCAUCUUCUGAGACUUCCACACCUAAUAAUCUUUCUAGAGAUGGCUUGGAGAUGAAACCGGCAACUGUAGAUGAUUCGUUGGCUCAGUUCUUGGAUCCCAGUAUUGUAAACCUUGGAAAUCAGCUUGGGACUGAUGUUCUUAGAGGAAUAUCUGGUGAUCAAAACUAUGACCUCCAUUCAACUCUUGGGCAUGAAUACAACACUACAGCAUCUAUAUCAGAUCACAGUUUGCAAAAGUCCCAAUGGAUGGCUCCAUCACUGACUUUGAAGCAGCCAGUCUUGCAGAGUGGAAACCAUUCUUCAUUUCCAGGAGAGCUGCAUAAUAGUUCAAAUUCGGCACCUCAAGGUUUGUUGGCAUUUCUCCUAGCAGAAUCACAACGUUCAAAACACAAUGGCGAACCAUCCAUAAACAAUUUACCCCCCUCCAUGUCCAGGGACAUUGAACCAGGCACCUUUGCUUUGCAUAACAGAUCUGCACCUACUCAGGGUUUUACAAUGCAGCCCAAUAAUCACUUUCAACAGUCGCAAGAAGCAUAUUAUUCCCUACCCCAGAAUCAGUCAUAUAUGACAACCAUUGAUUCACAGAGAGCAUUUUCAGACAACACUGCAUAUAGUCGAUCACAUGCAAAUGUGAAUUACAACAGCCUUCCACAAAAUAGAAAUGAAUUCCUCAUGAGUAGAUUGCAUCCAUCUACUGUCAGUGAUGCACCUGGUUAUGGAAAUCUAGAUUCUUCCUUCUAUCGUCCCGGAAGUUUUCAAUCUAAUACAUCUCUUGGUAAUAUGAAACCUUCGGGUAACUUCAAUGAGAUUUUAACUUCUCAAUAUUAUGGUGGACAUAACUUGAGCUCUAUUCAACCGCAUGAUAGCUUUUCUCAACGGGAUUACGAGACGAGGUUAAGAUCUUCAUAUGUACCGGAGAGAACCCCAUAUACCUUCCCAGCCCAACCGAGUCAGGCUUCCCUAUCACAGUAUGCAAGUCAUGAAUAUUCUGAUUUCUAUCCUUCUUGGAGCCAAAUUCCAGAAGAACAGAAGCAGUCAGGCAGUGUUCAAGAUUUGUUGCCCAGACAAUUACAUCAACUUUGGCAGCAUAACCACUAA